AUGGCGAUCUGCUUCAAGCGAGCUGUUGCCUGGCUUCGUGUUAUCACCAAUUCACCAUGGAUGGUUCUCUCCGUGUCGCGCCAUUACGCCCAUGGCCGCUUCUACUGGAUUUCAGGUUCAAGUGAAAAAUUGCUUGUGCUUGACAUUCAGAGGAUGGAGUUCUCCAUGGCUGACCACCCACCAGCUUUCAGUGGUGGUGUGGCCAUCGUGGAGGCAGGCCAAGGCAUGAUUCGGAUGUUUGUGCGUAAACCCAACGCACCUCUGUUUGUGCCUACAACCCACACAGAAGCCCUUCGUUAUAUGGUUUGGCGAAACAAUGGUGGGAUUUCCACCCGGUGGCAGAGGGAGAAGAAGACAGUCUCACUGGAUUCUGGGUCCGUGCUCACGGGCGCAGUGGGGAGGCACUUGCUGCUGUAUCAGUGUGGAAGAUCGUCAGUCCAGACAGGUGGUUUCACGCUCGAUGUCGACACAUCCCAGGUUGAGAGGGCACACACCAUGCCGUUGAUGUCCAGGGAGCGGGGCGCUGUGCUGGUGCCUCAAGUGGAAGAAGCUGACCCUGGAGGCGUGCAAGGACCUGCCCUUGCAGCGGCCGCUCGAGCUCCAAACCCCUUGCUCGUCGUCAACAGUGAUGCCGAGGUGGGUCGUGGCGGGCAGAGGAGGCGGCGGCGCUGGGGCUGGACCUGCGGGGGGUGCAGGGGCUGGUAG